AUGCGCUCCAAAGACAGAAUCGCUUACUUUUACGACGGUGAUGCGGGUAGUGUUUACUUCGGGCCGAACCAUCCCAUGAAGCCUCACCGCCUUUGCAUGACUCACCAUCUUGUUCUCUCGUAUGAUCUUCAUAAGAAGAUGGAAAUUUAUCGCCCACACAAAGCUUAUCCUGUUGAGCUUGCCCAGUUUCAUUCCUCUGAUUAUGUUGAGUUUUUGCACAGGAUUACACCUGACACUCAGCACUUGUUUACAGAUGAACUGUCCAAAUAUAAUCUCGGAGAAGACUGCCCCGUAUUUGACAACUUAUUUGAAUUUUGUCAGAUUUAUGCUGGUGGAACUAUAGAUGCUGCACGUCGACUGAACAAUCAACUGUGUGAUAUUGCUAUAAACUGGGCUGGUGGACUACAUCAUGCCAAGAAAUAUGUGCAUCAUGGAGAUGGUGUAGAAGAAGCCUUCUACUUUACUGACAGGGUGAUGACUGUCAGUUUUCACAAGUAUGGAGAUAUGUUCUUUCCAGGAACUGGUGAUGCUAAGGAAAUAGGAGAAAGAGAAGGGAAGUUUUAUGCAAUAAAUGUCCCACUCAAGGAUGGAAUUGAUGACUCUAGCUUCACUAGACUUUUCAAGACUAUUAUUUCCAAAGUAGUUGAAACAUAUCAACCCGGUGCAAUAGUUCUCCAGUGUGGAGCAGAUUCACUUGCUGGAGAUCGCUUGGGUUGCUUCAAUCUCUCUAUUGAUGGUCAUGCUGAAUGUGUUAGAUUCGUGAAGAGAUUUAAUGUGCCGUUACUGGUCACUGGAGGCGGGGGAUACACAAAAGAAAAUGUUGCUCGAUGUUGGGCAGUUGAAACUGGAGUUCUUCUAGAUACAGAGCUUCCAAAUGAGAUUCCAGAGAAUGAUUAUAUCAAAUAUUUUGGGCCAGACUUCUCAUUGAAGAUUCCAAAUGGGCACAUAGAAAAUUUAAACAGCAAAUCAUAUCUUAGCACUAUAAAAAUGCAAGUCUUGGAAAAUCUACGCAGCAUACAACAUGCUCCGAGUGUGCAAAUGCAAGAGGUCCCACCUGACUUCUACAUUCCUGAUUUGAAUGAAGAUUUGCAGAACCCUGAUGAGCGCAUUGAUCAACACACUCAAGACAAGCAUAUCCAGCGGGAUGAUGAAUAUUAUGAAGGUGACAACGACAAUGAUCAUCAAACGGAUCUUUGA